ACCGCUCCUGGCUGGGCCACUAACAAACACGGAACUGACUGAAACAGCUGGUAAAUGUCUACACAGACAGUUUCACAUGAGUGCCAAAAGUCAUUUAACCAACAGUGCAACUUUGAAACAGAGACAGUCAAGACUUUUUCAAACUGUGAAUUCGGACACAAAACCCAAUGGAAUAUUGGGAAGGCAUAUAAAUGUUAGAAGCAUACUACCAAAAAUAGAUCAGAUACAGAACUUGCUUAUGGAGUCUAAUCUGGAUUUCUUGUGUAUGUCUGAAACUUGGUUGACUAGUAAUAUUCCUACUGACCUAAUUAAUAUACCAAGAUACACAUGCUACAGGAAAGACAGGGUCAAGGGAAGACGAGGGGGUGUCUUAAUUUACAUUAGGGAGCAGUUUAAGGUUAAAGAGCUCGAUAUGGGUGUAAAUUUGGAGUGCAUAGGAUUGAGCGUAAUUCUCUCACCAACCAUGAAAUUUAGUAUAGUCGUGCUUUAUAAUCCUCCAUCUCAUGAUGUAAAUUUCUAUGAUGAACUGAGAAAUCUUUUGUCUAUUGUCGAUGACUCUCAUGAAUUCAUGCUGUUUGGGGACUUUAACAUCAAUUGGAAAGAUAAAAAGGGUAGGGCAAAACUAAAGUUAACUAGGGACAAAUUUAAAUACAAACAGCUGAUUGACAGUCCUACACGAGUUACUAGAAAGAGUGAAACCCUUAUAGACCUGAUUUUAACAAACAGGCCAGAGGGAGUAACAAAAAUAUACAAUCAUAUCACUGGUCUUUCAGAUCAUAAUAUGAUACUGGUUAUAAGAAAGCUAACAAAAAAGCAUCUAGUCUAUCAUAACAAAACAGAAAAUUAUACUUUAACUACUGGAAUUCCCACGUCAAAAAUGGCUGACUUUGAACAUGAUCUAAAGACAGCUAAUUGGGACAGGGUAAUCAGAGAGCCUGAUCCAGACUGUAGUGCAAGCAGUUUUGUCUUGACCCUUCAUGGUAUAAUUGGUAAGCACACAAGAACCUGGAAAAGAAAACCUAAGAAAAAGUCUCUUCCUUGGUUCAACAGUGAUAUCAGUCAGCUGAUCAAAGAGCAAGAUUUUGCUCUGAAAAGAUCCUUAAGGACUAAAACCAAUUCUGACCAUUUAAUUUACACUGGACUAAGAAAUAAAGUAGCGUCUGAGCAAAACAAAAGUGAAAGCAAAGACUAA